ACAGCGGUGCGGUGGAUGUGGUUUUUCGUUAAGUGCUGCUGGCCCGGCUGACAGCUCCAUGAGCGCGCCGUGGAAGUUUGGCUGAGGAGCUGCGCGCAGCAUGGGCACCGGGGAUUACAUCUGCGUAACGCUGCGUGGUGGUGCGCCCUGGGGAUUCACCCUGCAAGAGGGAGAAGGGGACACCUACAGACCUCUUCUAGUUUCCCAGGUAGAGGAGGGUGGUCGUGCCUCCCUGGCUGGAGUACAGGAUGGAGAUGAGGUGGUGUCAAUCAACGGGGAGCCGUGUGCUGACCUCACCCUUUUACAAGCGUUUGCGCUAAUCGACACAUCAAUUGACUGUCUGCAGCUGCUAGUCAGAAGAUACCACUCCAUCACCACUGAAGACUAUGAAUCGGAUGAAAUGCACUGCAGUGAGAGGGCCUCUGCGGGUGAGACUUUAGAGAGCACCACCCUUCACAUCUUCCCCCCAAAGCAAACAUCCCAAAUCCCAAAUCCUGAAUCCCCGGAUGAGACCUACAGCAAAGAGUUUAAUAUCAACACAGAGUUUUCCAAGGAAGGCCAGCUGCUUUGCACUCAGCUACAUAUCCCCUCAUCUAAGGAAGAAGAUGAUAAAGUACAGCGGUGCUUCUCACCCGGGGACAUGGUGGAGCUCCAGGUGUCCCUGUCUGAGCAAACCUUGGAUGAUGUGGGCUGCGCCUCGCUCGGAAGUGCUCGUGGGAUUGAUGGGGACCUCUCAAACCGGGAGGCUGUGGAGGCUGUUCAUAUCACCAAUGCCGCCACCGCAUCGCGCUCCGUCAGGGAGCCGCUAAGCCAUCAUGGAGUGGUUCUCAACUCCCCUUUAAUGCUGGGGCAGGUGGAGGUCAUUUUGGAGGCAUCGGGAGUAGGGAGGGGCCUCCAGAGUGGAGGUGGCACUCGGGUAAGGGAAACAGUUGGUUCUCAAAGUGAAGGAGAAGAAGAGGACUGCAGUCCUGCAGAAGAGCAGGAGUCUGAUUCUGAAGGAGUUCAACACAAACCCAACAAGCAUCGGGCUAGGCAUGCCAGGCUCAGGCGCAACGAGAGCAUUUCAGAGAAACAGCUAAAGGAAGCCAAGUCCAAAUGUAAACGAAUUGCCCUUCUUCUUACGGCUGCUCCGACCAACCCCAAUAACAAGGGGCUGUUGAUGUUCAAGAAGCAUCGUCAGAGAGCUAAGAAAUUCACGCUCGUGAGCUACGGCACAGGAGAAGACGAGCCAGAGUACAGCGACGAGGAGUACGAGGAAAAUCCAGACAGCAGACAAGAAACCUCUGCUCCACAAUUUAUCCUUGUGGCCCCAAACGACUCUGACAUAGAUAAGCCUUUUCUCACUAGCACCCACAGUGGCAAAAGUGUGCUAACUUUUACCUUGGACAAGGGUCUUCUUGAAAUCGAAAGGAAUUUGAAGAACCAAGCAGAGAUGGAAUCUUUGCCUGAAACCAAAGGCAAGGGUGCGCUGAUGUUUGCCCAGCGUCGCCAGAGGAUGGAUGAGAUUUCUGCUGAACACGAGGAGCUUAGGCGCCAAGGGAUCCCCGUUGAAGCAGUGCAAAAGGCUGAAAAUAAAAUAGUGGAGCAUUCCUACAUGCAGUCGGCUGCAGAAGGCCGCAGUUACAUGGAUGUAAACGUGCACCAGCAAACCCAGCAACAGUACCAGCAGUUUCAAGAGCAACAGUACUAUGAGCAACAGCAGAACUACCAACAACAACAACAAUAUCAGCAACAAUAUCAGCAGCAAUAUCAGCAACAGCAAUAUGAGCAAAGUCACUAUCAGCAACAGCAAAUGUAUCACCAGCAGCAAGAAUAUCAUCAGGAGCAACAAAAAAUGCAGCAGUAUUCAGCAACUGUCAAUGGCACUGUCCAACAUCAAACAAAUGAAAUGCAGAGCUCUUUCAGCAAUCGUACUGCAAAGCCUUUCUCAGCAGACAACAUGGCGGCCACCCCUUAUUCUCACGCAAUGAGUGGGACCAAUCAAGAUUCUGUGAGUCAAGGAGAGCAGAUUGCUUCCCGUGAUGAGCGCAUUUCUACUCCUGCAAUCAGGACGGGACUUUUGUUGGAUUCAAGGAAAAAGAAUGCAGCCAAGCCUAUGUUCACAUUUAAGGAAGCCCCAAAAGUAUCCCCAAACCCAGCAUUGCUGAACCUCCUAAACAAAGGUGAUAAAAAGCCCGGGUUUGAAUCAGGACCUGAGGAUGAUUAUCUUAGUCUUGGAGCCGAGGCUUGUAAUUUUCUUCAGUCUCAGCGAGUCAAACACAAGAUUCCUCCACCAGUUGCCCCAAAGCCUGUGAUCAAUCCCACAUCACCUCCUUGGUCCUCACAGAUAGAAGCAACCAACCAGGAGAUGCCUCAGUGUGCUGAAAAUAGUCUAUCCACACCUGCUGCAGCCCCCACCGCAGAGACUACUCCUGCUCCAGAACUAGAGCCAACCCCUGCACCUGCCCCUGAGUCUUAUCCCCCUGCUGCACCCCAGGAGAAUCCUGGCAGUACCAACAAAGAGGAACAGCACACAUGGCCGCUCCCAGAACCCGAAUCUCAACAACAGCCCACACAAGCUGUAGCUCAAGAGGCAAAUGGUCAUAUGAAUUCUACGCUGCAGUCUGAGUCGUCUGCUGUGACUACCUGGGGUGCAGCUCAAACACAAAUGCAACAACAGUUAUCUUCAAGUUCUUGGCAUUCAGCUCAAGUGCAGCCCUCAGAACCACCUCCAAGACAGUCCUCACCUCACCCACCUUGGGUAUCACAUCAGCCUACUCAGAACCAGGCACAGCAACCUCCCACAAGUACUUGGACCCCUCAAAUUCAGCAGUCCUGGACGCAGCCUCCAGAGCAAUCACAAGCCCAAGCACAUGUUCAGCCAUCCUGGGCCCAGUCACGAGAGCAACCUCAGUCUCAGCCGCAGGUUCACCCACCUUGGGCACACUCUACUGAGCAGCCACAUCUACAGAAAAUGCAGCCCAACUGGAGUCAAGCCCAAGAACAAAUGCAGCCACAACAACAGCACCAAUGGACACAGCCAUCACAAACAGACUCUCAACAUCAACCACCAUGGAUGCAACAACCUCAUAAAAAAUCCCAAGCACAAACUCCUUGGGUUCAAGGGGUACAACCAGAAUCCCAGCCACAACCACCAUGGGUUCAGCAAGCACAACAUCAGGCUCCUCCACAAUUAUGGCCACAGACUGAAGCACCAGGUCAGUCUCAACCACCUUGGGUAUCAGCUCAACCACAACAGCAACAGCUACCUUCAGUGAAUGCAUGGGCCCCAUCACAAACUCAACCCCAAGCUCAGCCACCCUGGAUCCAAGUCGCUCAACCACAACCUCAAGCACAGCCUCAAGCCAAUUUAAAUCCAUGGGCGCCAGUACCUGCCCAGACUCAGUCUCAGCCUCCAUGGGCUCAACACCCCCCAGAGCACGGUCAACACCACAUAAGUUCUUGGACUCAAGAGCAGGAUCAGGCCCACCAUCAGUCUCCAUGGGCUCAACCUGUUCCAGCCCAGCCAGCACCACAGCCAAAGUGGCAACAGCCUACAUCAAAGAGUCCACCACAACCACCAAUAAACACAUGGCAACCAGCUCAGACACAGCCUCAGACACCUGUGAAUGCCUGGACUCCACAAUCACAGCAAAAACCUGUGAAUAUUUCCACACUGACAGUGAACACUCGCCCCUCUCCAAAACCUUGGCAACCACCACAAAAUGUUCCACAAAGCCGAUCCCCUCCUACUCCGCCACAGCGAAUGCACUCUUUCACUAUUGGUCAAAGAGUUUCAUCGCCCAUCAACCCAAUGGCCACUGUCUUAAACCCAUCAUCCCAGGGUUCAGCAUUUGAGAUGCCAGCUGUUAAAGGAAAAGGAGCUGAUAUGUUUGCAAAGAGGCAGUCUCGAAUGGAGAAGUAUAUCGUGGACUCUGAGACGGUGGAAGCAAAUAAGGCAAGCAGGUCAACAUCACCAGCAGCUUCCUUACCGAAUGAGUGGAAAUACACUCCCAAUGUACGUGCUCCACCUCCACGUGCAUAUAACCCUAUUCAAUCACCUUUUUAUCCCCCAGCAGCAACAAAGCAACCCCCUUCAAGUAGCCCCUCAACCAAAGCAAAGAAAAAAGACAAAGCGAAACAGAUGCCUGCUCCUAAACCUCUUAAUGUAAUAGAUGUCAUGAAACAUCAACCCUAUCAACUAAAUUCCUCACUCUUUAUCUAUGGUCCAGCAGCAGAGGCCACCAAGCCUUCCGCACCUAAGACCAGCUGUUCGCCUCCUAAUCCACCUGAUGAUAACCAACCAAUCAGAUAUGAGCAAAUGCCCCUGGUCCAGCCUGCUGGACCAUUUGGUGCCCCAUACCCCCAACAAACCUAUGAGAUGCCAAUGCAGCCUGUGAUGCACGAUAGCCAGUAUCAGCAGAUCCAACCAAAUGUUUAUCCCCCCUCUAAUCCUUAUCAGCAACCUCCUAGUUGUCCAUACCAGCAAGUAUAUAACCAACAGUAUCAACAACCUGCUCCACCUGCUUAUCAUCCCCAAGCCCCUCAGUCUCCAAACUCUCCCUACCAACACUCGGUACAAGCUGGUUACCAGCCAGCCAAUAGCCCUCCCUAUCUGGCAGCUCCUUCAGUGCCCUACCAGCCACAGCCUCUUAGUAGCUAUAUUGCUCCCAGUUUCCCUGUGGCUGCUAGGCCUGAGUCUGCAUCUGGUGGUAACCCUGGAGUGGCUCCCAAGCCUAAGUUUACAGCUAAUAAGAGUUCAGCUCAGGUGUGGAAGCCUGCAGCAGUUGAUAAAGAGUGAUUCUUGUAGAAUCAUGACUUAUUUGACGUCUGCUUGAAUUAAAGGUUUUGUGCCCCGCCACAUGGACUAUUUUCCUUACCAGCUCUAUUUAUUGUCAUAGUGCAGAACCUACUAGUCUAAAAGUUCAUGGAGCUAAUGAAAAAAGGAAUAUCUAUAAAAUUAAGAAUAUAAGGAUAGACUUACAUCCUAUUUUAAUAGAAUUUUAGUAUAUCUUAUCAGACGCAGCAUAGUCAUAAUAAUUGUAAACAUAUUUUAUUAGGCAAAAGUAAUAAAUGUAAAUUCAUUACAUUUUAUGCAAAAGAAUUGUGUGAUUAAUAAGAAUGUAGGGGAGCCUAAUGCUCAGUGUGAAGUGAAAGAAAAGGGUGCGAGAAAAAGAUUCAGUGGAACUGGAUAAGUCAAGACAGGUUGAUGUUUUUAAAGGGGAAAAUGAUAAAUGUUCUUAAUAUUACAAAUUAUUACAUUUUAAAAAGACCAAAAAAAGUUUUUAAGCAAAUACUAAAAGUAUUUGUAUGUGGGUAAGUGAAAAGGAUGGGGCCUGUAGCCUGUAAUAAUAUCAAGCAGAAGGCUUAAUGUGUAACGUCAGAUGUUGAGUACGGAGAUUAUGUAACAGCAGUGGGAUUUUAGGCUAUUCUAGGCCAAAUAACACGGCAGACAGACUUGUGACAACUAACACUGUUUUCCUUAAACAUAAAAUGUGCUAUACUUCUUUUUUCCCCCAGUACUUUCCCCAAUUCCUUUUUGGUAGGACCUACUUAAGUGUGUUGGGUUUUAUUUAAAGCUCUCUACCAGCUGUUGCGUCAUGUUAGACACUAUAUUUAAAGUCCCUCAUGAGACAAGAUUCUGAGGUCCAGAGAGUAGGCUUAAAUUUCAACUUAAGCCAGUGAAAGCUACCAACUUCCAGACUGCCAUAGUAUUUUUCCUGAUAAGAGACAGUUAUGUAAUGUCUAUCACUCAUAGAUUUACCCAUUAUGUAUCUGUUCCUUGUUUUGAUAUGUGAACAGAUGAUACAUGAUCUAGAAAGGAAGAGUUAUUGAAAGGAUAACCAGCCUGGUAAUGCUCACAAGUUGAUUUUUGGUACAGGGUCGCUUCUUUGGUUCUCUGUGUUCUUUUCUUUUUGUGUCUGUGUGUUUCUCUUCAUAGUGCACUUUCUGUAUGAUUCACUGCAGUGCCAUUAAACUGUCUUUUAUCUUUG